AUGGUCAACAGAAGGGCGAGUAGAGGAGGGGUAUUGCGCGACUCGGAUGGUAAACUUAUUUUUUAUAAGGAGUUUGGGGAGAAGGGGGUCUUGGAGGCCAAGGCACUGGCAGUCCUGGAAGGUUUGCGAGUGUGUGCGGCAAAGGGGGUUCAGGAGGUGAUGGUGGAGGUUGACUCUGCAGUUCUUGUAUCACUUGUCAAAUCGUCGGCUCUGGGGGGGUGGUCGCAUUACAACUUGCUGAGGCGGAUUCAUCGUCUACUAGACCAGGUGGCUGGGUCAUUUAUCCACAUAUUCCGGGAGGCAAACAUGGUUGCGGACAGGUUAGCGGCUCUGCAAGGGUAUCCUAGUAUGGUCUUUGACUCUGUUUAG